AUGACAAGUAGUAAACUGAACGAUUUGGUAAUUAAUAGUUACACUCCCCUUGUAGUACUAAAUACGCAGUGUAUCUCCGAUAAUGGAAAUAAAUCACACCUCUUACCCGAUAACAUUGCGACGAAUUCAAGCUUACCGCCCAGGGAUUACAACGUCAGUCAAGAUAGGGAACGGUUCGAUAAUUCUUUGAAGACAUCCAGCGAUAACAAAACAACAAAUACAAGUAAACACGCCGAGACUGCCAACAUCAUUCAAGAGAGCGAACGUUUCGUUAAUAUUUCGGAGAUCUCCGGCAAUGACAAGACGUCAAAUACAAGUAAACAAGCCAGUCCUGUGAAAACUGACCACGACAAGAAACCCAAUACAGGUCGUCGUGUUCGCAAAGUAAGGAAGGUCCGAGUUAUACGUGUGAAGAGAAAAAGAAAAGACGUAUUGGAAAUGGCUAAGCUUAAAAAAGACCUGAAUGAUACGUUCUCAAAACUACAGAAUUGGAAAUUGAAUAUGCCGGGGAUAUUGACGAUAAGAAACAAACUUAAAAAUUAUUUGAAUAAAACUGACUUUAUAUGUACCCAAGAAAACACUCACAUUGGCACACAGUAUUACGAUACAAUGUUUAAUAAAUCUGUAUACAUCAACGAAUCGAAUCUGCAACUGUUGCCAAAGACAUCAGUCCUCUCUUCGAAAACUGCAUUUAAAAAGUGUGCUAUUGUAGGAAAUGGUGGUAUUUUACGAAAUAGUGGAUGCGGUGAUGAAAUUGACCGAUUUGAUUUUAUCAUGAGGUCAAACUUGCAACCAAUCAGAGGGUUUACAUUUGACGCAGGAAGUAAAUUCAGUUUUACAAGCAUAUCCCAGUCUUUGAUGACCAGAUAUAGGGUUUAUGAAGAUGAGAAAUUUGUGAGAAAUUUUACUAAUUUGAAUAUUACUAAAUUGUUAAAGGACUUGGAAGAAUAUAAAGGUUAUCUUUUGUGGAUUCCUAACAGUAAAGUUAGUAAUUUGGCUUUCCAGAUUACCGAACUCUUGAAAGAAAGGACUUCUCUGGAAGUGUUAUUAUUCAAUGCGGAACACUCACAAAAAAUUCAAAGUUUUUGGGGCUUAACUAAGAAAGGACUUUCAACUGGAAUGACCCUUCUAAGUAUUGGUUUUUCGCUGUGUGAGGAAACACAUUUAUAUGGAUUCUGGCCAUUUCCAAUAGAUCAUAAAGGCAACCCUCUUCCAAUGCAUUAUACAAAUGACAUUGCUUGGUCUACAUACAAUAAAUUCCAUGACUAUCCAUCUGAAUUCUCUCUCCUGACUGGCUUGCAUCGACAAGGUCUUCUUAAAAUACACACUGGAAAAUGUCACUGA